UUACUGUGUCACGCUCCACCUCGCCUCUCAUGUGACUAUUUUCUGUCUCGCCGUGUGUACGUGUGCCCAUCCGACUGCCUGCCAACUCUCUGUUCAUCUACCUGUUAGCCAUUCUUAUCCUGCCAUCUGUCAACGAUCCAGGAAACAAGAAAACGAGUUAUCAUCACGGGCAACAAAUAACAAACAAAGAACAGUGUAUCAUUCAUACAAACACACGUUCUUAGUCAACACACACAGCUCACCACGACCCGUCCUUCCAGCCUCGGUUCGUGAUGGUACUACCAGUGGGGUGUCGUGGCUUGGGACGUGGGCGGCGGGCGGCGUGGGCGGUAUGUGCGACAGGGAGUGUGUGGUGUCUAUACGUACUGGUGACUAGCUUGGCGCCAUCACUUCUCUGUCAGUACGAGUGUUCAGUGGCUGCCUGGCUUCAUCCCCCGCCGCCAGAGAGUGUGAUGUUCCUCCUGCACCUCCGCCAGGCAGUGUUGCGACCUCCCCAGCUGCACCCUCCCUAUCCGAUCACCGCCGCUGAGCUGAACGACCCGCCGUGGCUGGAUCUUGGCCCCUGGCGCUUCGUGGAGUCCAUCAUCCGCUUACUGUACCGCCGCCAGCGGCGUGGGGUGUUCGUGGAGGCAGGGGCAGGGUCGGGCGUAUUUAAGUCCCACACGGCGUGGCUAGAGGCGAGCCAGGACUGGACCGGUCUGCUGGUGGAGCCUCGCCCGCAGGCCUUCGCUCAGCUCAGACGUCGCAGGAAGGCCGCCGCUGCCCUGGCGUGUGCCUCAGACGUGGAGUAUCACAAGAAGGAUAAGAUGUGGUUGCCGUUGGAGAUCGAGGACCUGCCACAGCUUUACCGCGACAUGGCUCUGGCCCGCUCCACGCUCACCAAGUACGUCAUUGAGGAGGACAGGCCCAGUGGCGGCACCUCAUCCGUGCAGUGCUUCACCCUCAACGCCCUGGUGACCGCCGCGCUAGGCCGCAAGACAAACGCCAUUGACCUACUAGUGCUGGACACGGCCGGCGGGGAGCACCGCAUCCUGGCCACGCUGGAGGGUCUUUCUAUUUCAAUGCUGGUAGUGCGGCAUCACGACGAGUCUGACAUGUACUACAUCAACGGCACGGCGACCAACAUGCACCUGGAGCCUCUGCCCCGACUCCUGGCUGGCAGCGGCUACCUCUUCUUCGCCGACCCCACCACCAAACAGCGCUUGAUUAAUCUGAACCUCACCUCCUUCAUGAACUGACUCACCCGCUGCAGCUCCAGCCACCACACUGCCUGCGCGGCCCUUACGUCACGUCACGCCUCGGGUUAUCGGUGUUCACAGCUGGAAUGAAGUAUCGAGUGGCAUACUGGAAUUUCCAGCAACAGUUCUAUAGGUCACUGAAAUUUGCGAAUAGGACAGAAAGGCAAAUGAGCACAUGAAGUUAUAGUUGUGUGUAUGUGUGUGUAGUCAAGACAGGAGAUGAUGCCAUACGUUGCAAAUAUUUUCUAGUGAUAAUUCACAAAAAUAAUAGCAACCCUCGUGGGAAAGUGAGAUAAAGUUUCAAUCGAAUUUCAAAGGCUGUCGCAUUUAGUUCCUGAAGGUGUGAGUAGGAUAGGCUCGACAUUGCCUCUCAUGCAGCGGCUCCUUGCAUGUGCCUCCU